CUAAAAUUUCAGGACAUUUGCCGUGUGCAGAGCACUACUGCCCAAAGAGGGACCGGUGGUAAUCCUAGUCAAACACGCAUGAUAGGACAGCUCUUUCCAUAACAUGAGGAUGAAGAAAAAUAAGACUCCUACAAAGCGAAACCACUCUAAUUCGUGAACUGCAAGUUAACCAAGUAAAUGGAGUCGCAUCGUUGACGUCAUAUGAAAACGAGGUUGCGUAGUAGAACGACGUGUGGACAACCGGAACACUCUGAUCAGUCUUUCGUUUGGAGGAGCCAUUGGACUAAUGUUUCUCAUGCUUGGGUGUGCCCUGCCAGAGUACAACAAAUAUUGGCCGUUGUUUGUUUUGUUCUUUUAUGUGCUUUCGCCAAUUCCAUACUGCAUAGCAAGAAGAGUGGUAGAUGACACGGACUCUGCAAGUAAUGCCUGUAAAGAACUUGCCAUAUUUCUCACGACAGGCAUUGUUGUUUCAGCAUUUGGCUUGCCAGUAGUGUUUGCCAGAGCAGAGUUGAUAAAAUGGGGUGCAUGUGCACUAGUAUUGACAGGGAAUUCUGUCAUUUUUGCAACCAUCCUUGGUUUUUUUCUGGUGUUCGGUAACAGUGAUGAUUUCAGCUGGCAGCAGUGGUAAUACUUGGAACACUUACUCUAAAUGAAAAUGGACUCCAGACAAAUCUACGUUUGUGGCCAUCUGUUAAAAAAGAAUGACUGCAAUAAUAUUGCAUAGAACAGCUGGUCUCAAAGAAUGUUAGAACUUAUCUUUUUCUGCUAGGUUUAAAGGAAGAAGGGGUCUUUUUGGUAAAACCUUCAUCUUGAUACAGAACUGCUUUCCUCUGUAGUGUUUUGGGGGUGUCAUGAUACGUUUGUUUUUCGGUUGCACUUUCACCACAAUCCCAAUUCUAGCCUUCAUGUCACAGCAAAUAAUGUCAAGUUCUGCAGAUUAUUCCUCUCUGUAGCCUAGAUAUUGCUGUCUGAAGGAAAGUGCAAAUUUAUUUUCAGCUCAUAGAAUGGUUUCUUACUGCACUUCCGUUGUUUGGUUCAUUAAAUGCAUUGGAAAAUUACUAAAUGACUAAUUCUAACUUUUGAAUCUUUGGCAAAAGACAACACAAACAUAAAAUAAACCAGUUACCAGUAAACAAGCACCAUAUAUUGUUACAUUUAUUGAAGCCUAUUAACCAUUGUUGGAUUUAGGGCUGCUGGCUAGCAGUAAGUGAAAGGGUCAGCAGUAUACCAAGAGAGAUUUUUAGAAGCAUGGUGUUGUAGAUAAUUAGUUACAAGGUCACAAAAACAAUUGAAAAAACAUUUCCCUCAACACUUAUUUAUACAUUUGUUAUUUUUAGUACAAUUUAUGAAAAAAAUUCUGUAACUUAUAAUUUAACUGUACAUCAGUGUCACCUGAAAACAGGAGCAUCCACUAUAUAUUUAUGUAAAUGUAAAAAGAUGCCAAUGGAAAACUGACAGCAACAUGCAUUACUUAGUUGUAUUUAGAACUGUUGAGUUUGUUCUGUUUGUUUAGUCUUUUUUUUGUAUUUUUUUUUUGUAGUUUAUUAGUCAGAUAAAAUGAAAAUUAACACAGAACUACUGAUUUUAAUAAUGUAUAGCAAAUGUUAUCCCUUCAGCAUAUUAAAAAUAAACUCUAAUUGCAAAGUUUAUCAAUAUCUGAUGAUUACACUUUUCCUGGCUGUCAGCAUUAUGUAUAUUUAUGUAGUGUAAUCAUUCAGUCAGUUUUUCUUUUUAAUGUUGUGCUUUUGAAAGUAUUACAAGGUAUUUAUCUGCCUUGCUAAGCUUGGUAUGUAUCUGAAAUGAGUAAUUUGUUUUAUCCAUGCAUGAUGAUGCAGAAUUUCUAGUAAGCACUUCAUGUACAAUAUAAUAUAUAUUAUUUUUGUGUGCUCUUUCAUUUUUUUUUAUCUGCCCCCAAUAAAAAAAUCUGUAGUGUACUGUAUGUAAUCUUUGCACUACGGUGUCUACUAACUUGCAUCUUAAGUUCUUUAUAAUGUUUUAAAAUAUGUUUUGUUAUGAUGUGCACUGAAACAAGAUGUCAUGAAAGCAUUUUGACUAUAAUAAAGCUUUUGAAUAUCGCA